GUCCCGCAUCCUAUGAUUUCCCCACCAGAGCCUGGGAAUCCAGCGUCGCAAAAUAAACACCGCCGCGCGCAGCUAAUCGCCAGCUCGGAAACAAAACAGCGCAGCGCAGGGGAUCUGUGCAAACCCAGCCCUCCCUCCUCCCGCGCCUUCGCCGCCCUCCCCUCCGCGCGCCGCGCGCCUCGGCUCAGCGCAGCGCAGUUCGGCAGCCGCCAAACCGAGGCGGCACUGGCUCUGGCUCUGGCUCCGAGCUCCCUCUUUCCACCCCGGGCUUCUCCAGGUCUCUCAGCUGCCAGGACCACUUCAGGCAGGAGUCGCUGGGCGAGGGCCGGCGACAGCAUCUCAAAGUUGGGAGCCCGCGAGGAUGAGGCUGUCCUCGGCGUCCUGGAGUCCGGCGCUGCUGGCCCUGGCGCUGCCCCUCGCCGUGGCGCUGGCCUUCUCCGACGAGACCCUGGACAAAGUCGCCAAGUCAGAGGGCUACUGCAGCCGCAUCCUGCGCGCCCAGGGCACGCGGCGCGAGGGCUACACCGAGUUCAGCCUCCGCGUGGAGGGCGACCCCGACUCGUACAAGCCCGGAAGCAGCUACCGCGUGACACUUUCCGCUGCCCCGCCCUCCUACUUCAGAGGCUUCACAUUAAUUGCCCUCAAGGAGAACAGAGAGGGUGAUAAGGAGGAGGACCACGCUGGUACCUUCCAGAUCAUAGAUGAAGAAGAAACUCAGUUUAUGAGUAACUGCCCCGUGGCAGUCACAGAAAGCACCCCGCGGAGGAGAACACGGAUCCAGGUGUUCUGGGUCGCCCCACCAGCAGGAACAGGCUGUGUGAUUCUAAAAGCCAGCAUCGUGCAGAAGCGCAUUAUUUAUUUUCAAGAUGAGGGCUCUCUGACCAAAAAACUUUGUGAACAAGAUUCUACACUUGAUGGGGUGACAGACAGGCCAAUCUUAGACUGCUGUGCCUGUGGAACCGCCAAGUACAGGCUCACAUUUUAUGGGAAUUGGUCAGAGAAGACACAUCCAAAGGAUUACCCUCGUCGGGCCAACCACUGGUCUGCGAUCAUUGGUGGAUCUCACUCCAAGAAUUACGUGCUGUGGGAGUAUGGCGGGUACGCCAGCGAAGGUGUCAAACAAGUCGCAGAGUUGGGCUCACCAGUGAAAAUGGAGGAAGAAAUUCGGCAACAGAGUGAUGAAGUCCUCACUGUCAUCAAAGCCAAAGCCCAAUGGCCAGCCUGGCAACCUCUCAAUGUGAGAGCAGCACCCUCAGCUGAAUUUUCAGUAGACAGAACACGCCACUUGAUGUCCUUCUUGACCAUGAUGGGCCCGAGUCCUGACUGGAAUGUGGGCUUGUCUGCAGAGGACCUGUGCACCAAGGAAUGUGGCUGGGUCCAAAAGGUGGUACAAGACCUGAUUCCCUGGGAUGCUGGCACUGACAGCGGGGUCACCUAUGAGUCACCAAACAAGCCCACAAUUCCCCAAGAGAAAAUCCGGCCUCUGACCAGUCUGGACCACCCCCAGAGUCCUUUCUACGAUCCAGAGGGCGGGUCCAUCACUCAAGUAGCCAGAGUUGUCAUCGAGAGAAUUGCCCGGAAGGGGGAACAAUGCAAUAUUGUGCCUGACAAUGUUGAUGAUAUUGUAGCAGACCUGGCUCCAGAAGAGAAAGAUGAAGAUGACACGCCUGAAACCUGCAUCUACUCCAACUGGUCCCCGUGGUCAGCCUGCAGCUCUUCCACCUGUGAAAAAGGCAAGAGGAUGCGGCAGCGCAUGCUGAAGGCACAGCUGGACCUCAGCGUCCCCUGCCCAGAUACCCAGGACUUUGAGCCCUGCAUGGGCCCUGGCUGCAGUGACGAAGAGGGCUCCACCUGCACCAUGUCCGAGUGGCUCAUCUGGUCGCCCUGCAGCGUCACCUGCGGCACGGGUGUGCGGUCCAGGGAGAGGUAUGUGAAGCAGUUUCCAGAGGACGGCUCCGUGUGCACGCUGCCCACCCAGGAAACGGAGAAGUGCACGGUCAACGAGGACUGCUCUCCCAGCAGCUGCCUGGUGACCGAGUGGGGUGAGUGGGAUGAGUGCAGCGCCACCUGCGGGAUGGGCACGAGGAAGCGGCACCGCAUGAUCAAGAUGAACCCAGCGGAUGGCUCCAUGUGCAAGGCGGAGACCUCGCAGACGGAGAAGUGCAUGAUGCCCGAAUGCCACACCAUCCCGUGCUUGCUGUCUCCGUGGACUGAGUGGAGCGACUGCAGCGUAACCUGCGGGAAGGGCAUGCGGAGGCGCCAUCGGACGCUCAAGUCUCUGGCGGAACUCGGGGACUGUAAUGAGGAGCUGGAGCAGGUGGAGAAGUGCAUGCUGCCUGAGUGCCCCAUCGACUGUGAAGUCAGUGAGUGGUCCCAAUGGUCAGAAUGUAACAAGUCCUGUGGGAAAGGUCACAUGAUUCGAACCCGGAUGAUCCUUAUGGAACCUCAAUUUGGAGGUGCACCCUGUCCAGAGACUGUGCAACGCAAGAAAUGCCGCGUCCGGAAAUGCCUUCGAAAUCCAUCCAUCCAGAAGCUGCGCUGGAGGGAGGCCCGAGAGAGCCGCAGGAGCGAGCAGCCACGGGAAGAAUCUGACGGGGAACAGUUCCCAGGCUGUAAGAUGCGUCCAUGGACCUCUUGGUCAGAAUGCACCAAACAGUGUGGAGGUGGGAUUCAGGAACGCUAUAUGACUGUCAAGAAGAGGUUCAAAAGCUCCCAGUUUACCAGCUGCAAAGACAAGAAGGAGAUCAGAGCAUGCAACGUUCACCCGUGUUAGCAGGGAUACAAGUUCCCCAGGGUGUCACUCCAGAUUUGUCCUCAAUGGCUGGGUGGUGUGCUUGUCUAAGACGAUUUAAGUUGUGUCCACUAGUUUCCGUUUUUCUUUUGCAGUGUGGUUUGCUCAGUAGUCGUGGGUGCCAAGAACAUCCUUUGAAUAUUUCUUGGUGGGUACAGGCUGAGGGGGGGCUCCCUCUCCCAGCACAGAAGUGAGUAGGGACUGUCACCCUGUGCUAAGCUGAAGCAUCUCCCUCUGGAGAAUCCACAUGGAGGGCAAAUAUGUCUGAAAAACACUGCAUCCAGGGUGGGUCCCAGGGUGCACCAGGUAGGAAAUACCCACAGAUGAAAACAUAUUCCCUUCUCAGCUUUGGUCAGUCACUCUUCAUAGAAAACUUGUCUGCCCACCUCUUUUCACUUAAUGGAACUUGAGGUCUCUUGUUAUAUCUCUUGCCUGGGUCAUUAUGUUCUUGAGGAAAAUGGUCAAGAAAAGCACUGAUAUUGGAUAGCUCUUAUUCUUACACUGAAAACUUUAAGUUGGAUGCAUUGAUUUCCUAAUUUUGGUUCCUGGUACCCCAAAGGAAAAAACAAUGAUGGCUGCUUCAGUUAAGUGUAAUCAGUUCUUAUACCAGAGAGAAAGGGUACUAAGUGUAGAAAGUAGUUUUUGUUUGCUUUUAUUUUUUUGGUGCCACAAUUCUAGAAACAGUUUUAUGAACCUACCUUUCAGUAAUAGAUCCUUACUGGACCCCAGGCCAAAGCAGCAAAACUGGCCUACUGGUUACAGACCUGAGUUUUAAAAUCAUCCUACACACACCCAUAAAGACUUUUAAGUCUCCAAACCAGUUUCAAAUGAGAAAAUGCUAAGUCUGCCCAAAAGUCAUUCCUUCAAACAAAAGAAGAAACAUCUCUGUACUUAAAAGUUAUUUUUUAGUCAUAAUAGUUAAUAUUUAGAGAAAAAGUAUUUCAGAGACAAUAACAAAAUCUAGAAAAAGAAUACUGUGGAGUUGAGCUGAGUAAGAAAGCCUGUAUCAGCCUUCUGCGCCAGGGCUGUGGUCCUCCUCACAGCUAUCUGCAGGGAAGCCCAUGCUUGGCAUUCCAGCCACUCCACUACGCACACCAAAUUCAGGGAGACUAUCAACAGUAUCAUUUUGCUCAGCUGAGCCCAUCAACAGUUUCUGUCAAAACAUCAUCCAUUUAUUGUUAAAACUUACUGUUUCUUUUUACAGGCCUUUUUAUUACUGCUUAACCCAAAUAUGUAUCAUGGACAAGAUGCACACAAUGCUUGAAUAUACUACUUUAAGAAUUUGCAUUAAACAAAUUGGGAUAUUUCUAAAAUACAACACCUAUAUGCUAUAGCCCUGAAUAUGUAUUUUCUUGAACACAAGAAAGACUGUUCAAUAAAAAAAACAAAACUCAAUGGGUCUUUCGUGUUUUUA